GGGCGGGGGGCGCGCCCCCUUCUCUCCGCCCCCGCGGCGGGGAAGGGACAUAAACCCCCCCCGGCGGACGUUGAGCGGCCACAGCCGCGUUCUCGCUUCAACAGUGCUUGAACGGAACCGGCUGCUCGCGGCUCCGUCCGUCCAUCCGUCCGUCCCGCCGCUCCCGAGCCGCUCCGUCCGUCCGUCCGUCCGUCCGGCCGCGCCGCCAUGGAGUCCCAGGUCCGCCAGAAUUACCACCGCGACUGCGAGGCCGCCGUCAACCGCAUGGCCAACAUGGAGCUCUACGCCUCCUACGUCUACCUGUCCAUGGGCUUCUACUUCGAUAGGGACGACGUGGCUUUGUCGCGACUGUCGCGGUUCUUCCUGGAGCAGUCGCGGGAGGAGCGGGAGCACGCCGAGGGGCUGCUGCGCUUCCAGACCAACCGCGGCGGCCGCGUCCUGCUGCAGGACGUCAAGAAGCCGGAGCGGGACACCUGGGGCUCGGCGCUGGAGGCGGUGGAGGCGGCGCUGCAGCUGGAGAAGUCGGUGAACCAGGCGCUGCUGGAGCUGCACGCCCUGGCUGCCGAGAAGGGAGACCCCCACCUCUGUGACUUCCUGGAGUCGCACUACCUGGACGAGCAGGUGAAGGCCAUCAAGGCUCUGGGUGACCACGCCACCAACCUGCGCCGCCUCAACAACGGCGGGGGGGCCUCGAGCGGCCUGGGCGAGUACCUGUUCGACCGCCUGAGCCUGGAGGAGCGCAGCUGAGCCUCCCCGUGCCACCACCGUCCCCCCGAGCCCCCAGACCCUCGUAACCCCUGCCCCAGCCAAGGGGGCCCUGCCUGCUGGGCUCUCCCAGCAUGAUGCCCAUAAAGGGUCUGUCUCUGCCUCCUCUGC